GAAUGUUCAUCGACCCUGAGCCAGUCCGCCAUUAUACCAGGUCUGGUGUCAGAUGAACCCCUCCACACAAGGUAACAAUGCAAGCUGCAGAAAGAAGUUGAAAACAAUUACAAGUUUGGAUAUAUCCCUAGGUGUUGAAAACGAAUGUGAAGAAAAUCAACCUCUGCCUUCCACAAGUUGGAGCAAGCACCAAACCAAAGGACAGAAAAGAGGGGUUCACUCAGGAGAGGCAAGUGUUCAAGAACAGUUCCUUUUGUUUGAAAAAGAGAAAAUGGAAAAGGUUGAAGAGUACAGGGAAAAAAACCUUCUGAUUAUGAAUGAGAUGCUCCAGCUGCAAAGACGUAGAACAGCAGCUAUUGAACAAAUUGCAUCAUCAGACUUAGCAGCAGACUCCAAAGCUUCCCCGCCACUCUCAUUAUCACCAAUCAUUAAAAAAUAA